AUGGCCUCUCUAACACCCCUCAGCAAAUCCGAUGAAGUCGUCGGCAAAUCCAUGAAUGAAGGCUACAUGAACGGAUUCAUGGUUUUUGUUCCUUCCUUGGGCGCCAUGUACAUGGCGUUGAAAAACCCCACCUUUCGAAAAGUUACAAACGUUCAAUCCCGAACAGCAAUGGUCAUCAUGCCUGCACUUUUCGCCUUUGCAUUUGUCAGUGAAACCAAGCUCAUUGAUGGAAUGGAGGAACUCGCCGCUGAAACAGAGAGCAACAUGAAGACGGUUGCUUGGGCCGAGCAUGUUAAGAACAACUAUGCCAAGGACGCGGAACUACACGACCUGUACCGCAAAUCGGUAAUGGAGUCAGGAGUUCGUAUGGUUCCCGAGUUGACACCCUUCCAUCAGGCUGCCAAUUACAUCCAAAUGAACCCCUUCAAGUGCAUUGCCGGAUUCGGUGUCCCGGCAGUCAGCGCAAUCUACUUUUCCGAAAGUAGAAAGAGUCAUUUGCCACAACAAUUGAAGAUUCUUCACACUCGUGUCUUUGGGCAAGCUACUGUCAUUGCCACCUUGUUGGGAAUCAUGGCCCUCAAGGAAAUGAUGGAUCGCGGUGGCCGCUACAUCACCGACGAACAGGUCGAAGAACGAGUCGAAGAAAUGAGAGCCACCAGGGAGCGCAUGCUAUUCAACAUUGAUGAAGAAGCCAAGCGAUUUGCCGAACAACGCCAACAUAACCAUGAUAUUAAUAAGCAUUAA